AUGUGGAGGAGUGAGAAGAAGGAGGCACACCAAACAUUAGUUGUGGAUGACAAGUCAUCCGGUGACUAUAAUUCACGAAAACAAAAAGAUAGGGAGACAUAUCCGUCACUACCGUGCAAAGACAAAGAAUUCCAUGCCAUUCUUGACACAAUGUUUGUUGACGGUGCAAUCAAACCCCUCAUGCCCUACGAAGUCCCUACCAAAGAGGAAAAUGGUGAUCCUAGGAUCCUACAUGCUAAGAUACAUGAGGGAGUGCUUGAGGUCCCCUCUAGGAAGCGGGCCAUUGAUGAAGACCCCUUGCCAAAACGAAAGGGAAAGAAGAUAGUCAAUGUCAUCACAUGCUUUGAUGACUUGAUUAACGAUGAUGAAUUGUGCCACCCAUGGAAGAAUAACCCAAAGCCACUGGAGGCUAUUUGGGAACCUUGA